AUGGCGUUCAAGCUCAUUUUAUUCUUGAUAUACAUAUCUUUCUCUUUCUUCUUCUCCAAAGCCCAACCACAAGAUCAAAACAGUGACAUAGACUGGUGGUGCAGCACCACUCCCCACCCUGAGCCCUGCAAGUACUUCAUGUCCGGUGGUCCUCACCAUUUCAAACCGAGACACAAAGCCGAUUUCAGAACCAUGACGGUGCAAGUCGCCAUGGAGAAAGCCCUUAAUCUCCCAUCCCAUGCAAAUCAGCUCCGACCACAUUGCCGGAGCCGGAGAAGAAAGACGGCAUGGACUGACUGUUACAAACUGUUCGACGACACCAUUCUCCAACUUAACCGAACCCUUCAAGGCCUUCAGACCAACACGAGUUCUGGGUUCGAUGCUCAAACAUGGCUCAGUACCGCCCUUACAAAUCUUGAAACUUGCCGAUCAAGCUCUGUUGAGCUUAAUAUCUCGAAGUUCAUAUCACCUUUAGUAUCAACCAACGUUUCAGAGCUCAUAAGCAACUGUUUGGCCGUUAAUGGAGUUCUGAUACCGGAAAACAGCUAUACAGAUGGUUUUCCGAGUUGGGUCACCGCCGGUGAUCGGAAGCUGCUUCAAACUUCAACAAUGGCAACCAUGGCAAAUGUUGUAGUAGCAGCAGAUGGGUCAGGCAAUUUCAGAUCGAUUCAAGCGGCUAUAAAUUAUGCAGUGUCGAAGAGGGUUGGGAAUGGGAGGAUUAUAGUUUAUGUGAAAAGAGGUGUUUAUACGGAGAAUAUUGAAAUAAGCAACAACAUGAAUAAGAUCACGCUGGUUGGUGAUGGCUUGAGAUAUACCAUAAUCACCGGCAGCCGGAGUGUCGCCGGAGGAUACACAACCUAUAGCUGUGCAACUGUUGGGGUCGAUGGCAUUGCAUUCAUUGCCCGUGGCAUUACAUUUCGGAACACCGCCGGUCCACAAAAUUCUCAAGCAGUUGCACUCCGAUCAGCGUCAGAUCUCUCAGUCUUUUAUUCUUGUGGUUUCGAAGGAUAUCAAGACACACUCUUCGUCCUUGCUCAACGACAAUUCUACAAAUCAUGUUACAUCUAUGGUACUAUAGAUUUUAUUUUCGGUAACGCAGCUGUGAUUUUUCAAAACUGUUUCAUUUUGGUAAGAAAGCCUCUAUGGGGCCAAGUGAAUGUAAUUACAGCCCAAGGUCGGGUUGAUCCAUUUCAAAACACAGGAAUUUCGAUCCAUAAUUCCCUAGUCAGUCCGGCACCGGACUUAUUGCCGGUGGCUCAUUUGUACAACACAUACUUGGGACGUCCCUGGAUGCAAUACUCUAGGACAGUUUAUCUUAAAACUUAUUUUGAUGGUAUAGUGAAUUCAGCAGGUUGGUUGCCAUGGGAAAAUACCAAUUUCGCUUUCGACACUUUGUACUAUGGAGAAUACAUGAACUUUGGGCCGGGCUCUUCGACCCAAUACAGAGUGAAGUGGCGUGGCUAUCAUGUUAUAACGAGCACGAAGACAGCGUCACAGUUCACGGUUGCCAGUUUUAUCGCCGGUGGGGCUUGGUUGCCAGCCACAGGCGUGCCAUUCACAGCAGGACUGUAA